CCUUCUUUCCCUUGGGUUUUUGCCAUUCCUUUCCAUUUCGUUCCUUCCCUCUCUCUACUUCUCCCGCCCGCCACAAAGGAAAAAAGCUCCCAAGCUUCCACUAAAUUACGGAAACGCCAUCCCUUUUUUUUUUUUGAUAGUUGGCGUGAAUUCAGAGAGACGGGGGAAAUUGUGAUCGGACGGGGGGGUGUUGUGGCGAUGAUGGAGUGCAGCGUAUGGGUGGCCGCGGGGGAUCAUAAAAAUAGUAAUAGUAAUUCUAAUAAUAAUAAUAGCAAUAAUAAUAAUAAUUUGUGGGGGUUGAGCCAUGAAAGCGAGCAUGAUUUGGCUUUAAUGGUAAGCGAUUUUUUGGAAAAUAACGGUGGAAGCGCCGGCGGCGAUUCUUGGUGUAGCAGCGAUAGCGAGUCUGGCUUCUCCGAUCUUCUCCACCUCUCCGAUAAGAUCUCCUACUAUAAGCACCCAGUGGGUCAGUAUGAGAUCGACUUGUUGUCUGUGGUUCAUUCACUUAUAUUAUCUGUGAGUGAGACGGACCUACACUUUGUGAAGUCGGGUCCAUGUAAUGCUAGCUGCAUCAGGUUUUUUCUGGUAAAGCUGUUGAGACUUUCUGGCUAUGAUGCUGCUGUUUGUGCAUCAAGGUGGCAGGGUAGUGGCAAAGUUCCUGGAGGUGAUCAUGAGUAUAUCGAUGUGAUCAACUACAACAAUGGAAGUUCUGAGCGUUUGAUUAUUGAUAUUGACUUCCGAAGCCACUUUGAGAUAGCUAGAGCAGUUGAUUCUUAUGAUAGAAUAUUGAAUUCACUACCGGUUGUUUAUGUGGGCUCAUUAACUAGGUUGAAACAAUUGCUUCAGCUCAUGGUUGACGCUGCUAGGUCAUCUCUUAAGCAAAACUCAAUGCCAUUUCCUCCAUGGAGAUCUCUUGCUUAUUUGCAAGCAAAGUGGCAGUCGCCCUACCAGAGACAAUUUACUCCCUAUGAACAUGAUAUUAAUGGCAAUGUUUCUUCUGACCAUAAACAGUGCAAUGGGCAUUUAAAGGGGCUGCAGGCUUCCCUUCAAUCCGAAUUAGAAGCAGAGAGACUGUUGAAGCCCAUAAACAUUGAUAGUCAUUGGAGAUUGAAACUUGACAGGCGGAGGCACUCCUCAUUCAGGGCUCUUUGACAUGUAUAGAUUUUGAUCUGGAAGAUGCAAGUUCUUUUUUGUGAGAGAUUAAUUGUAUUGCGGCUUUUCUUUAAGUUAUUUUUUUCCCUUGAUAGUGAAUAAGUGUGGACCGGAAAGAAGGGCACGUUCACACAGCUGACAGUGAAGACAAUAACUUCCCAUAUUUUGUUGUCCAGGCAUCUUCAGUUCUCAUCUCGAGUUGGGGAGCCAUAUGUUUCUGUUUUGAUUUUUUAUGCACGGGGUGAAUGAUAGCAUCGAGUUCCUGAGAAGUGCUGCAGAAUUGUUUGGCUUGAAACAGCUCCUAAAGUCUACUAGGCAACGUGCAUCAUCUUAUAGAUGGUUCUUUGUUUUUCCUUUUAUGUAUCAUUGUGAAUGUAUUCCUUGCCCCUUAUUUUUUCGGGCUUAGGAAUUUUUUUUUUAGAAUCUUUGCUCUGUCUCAUUAAUAUGUGAUUUCAGUCUGAAAAAUUUGUCUGCAUCAAGAAUAUAUGCUUUGGGUUACAAAUUAUACACAAUGAAUUGAUUAUUAGUUGCUUUUGUUACUGUU